AUGAUUAUUUUGAUGGGCGACGUCACUUGACCGUAAGUGAUGGAGCCUCAACUGUUGCAAGUAGGUUGGCUCAGGCCAAGUGAAGACGGUAAGGCGGUGCAGUGAAGUCUGUCGCGGCGAUUGCUGCAUGGUUCAGCGCAUGUCUGAAUUUGGAGUUUAUCAGUAUUUACUGUUGGUUUAUUUGGGAUUCGCGGGAGGGAAGGCUACGGGAGGGCCGUUGUGUGAACGGCGUCACCCAAGCGUCACCCACACCGAUUUUGCAGGACGUGCCAUUGGGGAAGGGGUUGACAAUUUGUGCGUGUGCGUGCAUGUGCGUGCACUUUCAGGGCCUGGUGUUGACUGCAUGGUCACUCCUCCCGAUCCAGAAGGACAGGGGCUGGGAUCUGGUUAUGCUCGUGCCACGACGGGGGCAAGCGGUUGGUGGCAAUGAGGAGCUGGCAGACACUGUCCUGAUUUGGCCUGGCGGUGGUGGGGCGGCGGGCCCAGAGUGCCUGAGGGCUCACCCACAGACUGCUUUCAGUUGCGGCUGGGCUGUAGGCGUUUCCAGCUCCAAGCAGUAGUGGGCGGCAGGUGGUGUGGACGUGCCAUGCUCGUGAGGGGAGUGCUGUUGCAGCAUGUGAACUCCCACCUCCUCCCCGCGUGUGUGACCCCCGUGUGUGACGGGACGGCAGCAGUCGUGGCUCUGGCCCGUGUGAGGCCGCAUGUGUGUACGCAUGCCGGCAGGUGGCAGGGGGGCGUGUGGCACUGUGUGGCAUCUCCCCACGCGGCCCGUGCCGUGUGCAGCGUCGGGGCUCUGGCACCUGAUGAGCCCGUGGUGCGCCAGGGGCUUGUGGGCGGGACGCGGCGCGCAUACGCCGAGCCGGCCCCGGCCGGGAACGCACCAAACCGAAUGAACACUAAUUGAGGAUUGGGAUGGGUGGCAGUAUCAUUGAGAUGCGAUCAUUGGCUUUCAAUGAAUAGCAUGUCGUGAGCGGUGUGGGCUUCUGAUGCCGUGGACUGAGUCGGACUGAGUCGGGUCUAGGGCUCUGGCACAACGGUCGAUGGUCACAGGUGGGUCUGGAGCUCGGAGGAGCCUCAGCAGGCUGUGACAUGGUUGGCGAGGACUAGAGGCGGGCGGACUGGGGUGGGCUGCGGCGGGCGGGCGCUGUAGAUAGCUUCUUCCCGUCGCUCUUGGAGGAUUGGGCCUGUGAGCCACUGUUGGACAAACCUCUCGGCACAGGGGUCCUGUCUCGGCAUGUAUUGUAAGACCCACCGCCG